AUGCUUUCCAGACGGUUAAUAUCAACUCGGAGUAUACGGCUCUACAGUGCCAAAUUUGGUACUCAAAUGAACCCUGCUCCUCCUCGGCUUCCAAAGGAACAACAAGAGGAAUUUGAAGCCUUGCAAAAAAUAGCAAACUCACAAGCUGCCAUUGAUGAAUAUAAUCAGCUGAUCCAGAACACAGAUGAGAGUCUGACGGUGUCUACGACACCCAACUUGAAGACUGACGUUGGCGGAUUUCACCCUCAAUAUUUCAAGACGAUUCCCGAGUUUGAAGGAGACGUAAAUCCGAAGACCGGAGAGCGUGGAGGUCCCAAGCAGGACCCAUUGAGACAUGGAACUGAUUGGUCUUUUAAUGGACGUGUUACGGACUUUUAA